AUGGCGGCCGCGGCGCCGGCUGCGCGCCCGCCCGGCCUGUGCUGCUGCCGCAAGGGGCCGGCGGCCGGGCCCGAGCCGCCGCCGCCGCCGCCGCCGCCCGAGCCGCCCCCCGCCGACGUGGCGUCGGCCUGCAGCCCGCGCCUCUUCCGCCCGCGGCACCUGCAGCUGGGCCUGGAGCUGCGGCCCGCGCCGCGCGCGCUGGCGGGCUGCCUGGUGCUGGAGCUCAGCGCCCGCCGCGCCCGGCCCCGCGCCCUCGUGCUCGACGCCCACCCGGCCCUGCGCGUCCUCUCCGCCGCCUACCGCCGCGGACCGCCCGCCGCGCGGCCCUGCGCCUUCGCCUUCGCCUCCGCCGCGCCCGGCCCCGGCGCCGAGCCCCAGCCCGAGCCCGAGCCCGACCCGCCCCUGCCCGUCUUCGCCGACCCGCCCGCCGCGCCCGUGCCGCUGCCCUUCCGCCUCGACCCCUUCUCCGACUACGGCUCGGCCCUCACCAUCUCGCUGCCCGCCGCGCUCCCGCCGCACCAGCCCUUCCAGAUCGUCGUGCGCUUCACCGCCAACGACGGCCCCGCGAUCUGGUGGCUGGAUCCGGAGCUAACUUAUGGCAAUGCCAAGCCAUUUGUCUUCACCCAGGGCCACUCGGUGUGUAACCGGUCCUUCUUUCCAUGCUUUGACACGCCAGCAGUGAAAUGCACCUAUUCAGCUACUGUCAAGGCUCCUGCCGGUAUCCAGGUGUUGAUGAGUGCCACCCAAAGUACCUACUCGGAACAGGAGGGUGUAUACCAGUUUUACAUGGAGUACCCAGUUCCUGCCUAUCUGGUGGCUUUGGUGGCGGGGGACCUUAUACCUGCAGACAUAGGUCCCAGGAGCAGAGUGUGGGCAGAACCUUGCCUGCUGCCAGCAGCCAUCAGCAAGCUGUCUGGUAUGGUGGAGCGCUGGCUGAGUGCUGCAGAAAGCCUAUAUGGCCCCUAUAUAUGGGGAAGGUAUGAUAUUGUUUUUCUUCCUCCAUCCUUCCCCAUUGUCGCCAUGGAGAACCCAUGCCUGACCUUCAUCAUUUCUUCCAUUCUGGAGAGUGAUGAAUUCCUCAUUAUCGAUGUCAUCCAUGAGGUUGCCCACAGCUGGUUUGGCAAUGCGGUCACGAACGCCACGUGGGAGGAGAUGUGGUUAAGUGAGGGGCUGGCCACGUAUGCACAGCGACGGAUCACCACCGAGACCUAUGGUGCUGCCUUCACCUGCUUGGAAACUGCCUUCCGUCUUGACGCCCUCCACAGACAGAUGAAGCUCCUUGGAGAAGACAACCCCGUCAGCAAGCUUCAGGUGAAGCUGGAGCCAGGAGUGAAUCCUAGUAAUUUGAUGAAUCUCUUCACCUACGAGAAAGGCUACUGCUUCGUUCACUACCUGUCCCAGCUCUGUGGAGACCCCAAACACUUUGACUCCUUCCUUAGAGCCUACAUUGAGAAAUACAAAUUUACUAGUGUUGUGGCCCAGGAUCUUCUGGACUCUUUCCUGAAUUUUUUCCCAGAGCUGAAAGAGCAGUGCGUUGAGAGAAAAGAAGGACUGGAGUUUGAACGUUGGCUCAAUGCUACGGGACCUCCAUUAGCUGAGCCAGACUUAUCUCAGGGAUCCAGUCUGACCAGACCAGUGGAGACACUCUACAGCCUCUGGACCACUGAGCCUCUGGAUGCCGUUGCUGCCGCCAGCAGUGUUGACAUCACAAAAUGGAGGACGUUCCAAACUGUGCUUUUCUUGGACAGGUUGCUGGAUGGGUCACCACUGCCCCAUGAGGUGAUAAAAAAGCUUUCGGAAAGUUACUCCUCCCAGCUGGACUCCAUGAACGCAGAGAUCCGGAUCCGCUGGCUGCAGAUCGUAGUCCGAAACGACUACUACCCUGAUCUUUACAAAGUCCGAUGCUUCUUGGAAAACCAGAGGUCUCGGAUGUACACAAUUCCACUGUAUGAGGACCUCUGCACUGGCACUCUGAAGUCCUUUGCCUUAGAAGUUUUCUACCAGACCCAAAACCAGCUGCACCCCAACUUGAGGAAAACCAUCCAGCAGAUCUUGUCACAGGGCUUGAAUCCCCUUCCCACCAUAGACGCUACAGCAGUCGCCACAGACACACCAGCCAUGGUGCUUGAGGACAAAGCCUCAGAGGCCACUAAUGGUGCCAUUUCACUCAGGGAUGUUAACGUGUCUGCCUAGAUCACCAGCUCACGUCAGGCUUGAAGCUUGAGGAGGGGGACAGGAACAGAGUUAAAAUAUCAAGUGCCGCUCGUCCUUUCCCUCAGCCCUGCUGCUGCAGUUUGUUUGCAACUGGAUUUCUUGAAAAUCCCCAAACACAACGCAAACGUGCCUUCAAGUACCUGACACAGUGACACUGCCAGGUUUCAGGGAUCUCGUCCAGCUGUGAGCAGACACUAGUGGGUGGGUGUUUGGAUUCGGUGCGUGGGGGAGUUGUUUCCCCACUGCGGGUGGACGGUUCUGCUGCCCGGGGCCCUUCGUGGAUGGCUUUUGUGGGGGUGUUGUUUUAGCCCGAGGUGACAUACCGCUUGCUGUGUAUUUGUAGCUGGGAAGGAGGGUAUGUCAAAAAUCAGGCUAAUGGAGACUUUGGCCAGAGGCCUAAGAAGGAAAGGACUACUUUGAAGAACUUAAAGUGAGAGCAAAUAUGUUUUUACCACGUGCUCCUUACUGUGACAGAAAUGUGUGAUUUGAGAGGUGGGGAAUUUAAUGUUCGGAUAACUGGGAAUCCAGUUGAGCACAGCACCCGGGUUUCUCUGCGGAGAGGAUGGAAACCUCAUGAAGGAUUUAAAAUCCUACCUUAAUCCAGCCCUACCCUCAGUCUCCCCUUUGCACUGAUUAGGACUGACAAAGAGCAGACACUUAGAUUGGGAUUUUCAGAUGGGUCUAACGCAGUUUAGUUGCCCAAAUUUCAUUGAAUUUCAAUGGAAGUUGGGAUGCCUGAAUCUUAGUUUUUUUGGUAAGUUCAGCCACAAUCCUCAGUCUUGUCCUGGGAGGCACAGCAAAAGAGUCCCCCAGGUGGCCUGCGUGCUGUCCAUCUGGGCUCUUUGGGAAUAAGAAAUAGGACCUUUUAUUUAAUUUUUAAAAAUCCCCCGUCUGUGCUGGAUCUGCAGAACAGUGCGGAGAUGGCUGCCAGGAUAAAAUCUCCGUUCUGCGUUUCCCUUGGUCUGAUGACCGUUGCCCCAUACGAGGGAGCCGCCUUUCGCAGAAUGUGAAGCUAUUCAGCUGGCAGCUGCUAGAGCCCAAUCUCUUCUAAUCAUGUCCAUACCCUGCCUCCUGGAGACAGAGAAGUGCCAGAGCGUUGGCUGCUGGCAUCACUGGCCCAGGCAGCCAUAGCGUAGAAAAAGAGAGUCCCGCCACUAUUCAUUCCCUGAGGCCUCAGCAGGAGGAUCGGCAAAGCAUUAUUGAUAGUUGCACAUCAGAAAUAAAUGUGGAAUUUCUAACGCGACCCUUACAAAGGACUCAAUGCAAGCAAUGCAAUUCAAAGUCUAAAGAACCUCUGCUGUCCUAAAACACGGACAGUCUUGGUGUCUCUCUCUGAUGACUCCCUAAAGGCAUUUCGGAGUUGGUGUACCACGGUAGAAAAGAACUGACCUGAACUCAAGGUAAAACCUGUAGGGUAGCCUUAGCAAAGGGAAAACCAAGCGACAAGCUGUCCUAUUCUUUGUUGGAAGGUGGUGGUGCUGCUAUGAAGGUGUACGUAGCACAGGAGAGGAAACUUGGGAGGUAUUUCACCAAACAGAGUUUGUUUACACCCACAUCCAGAUGGGGAUUUAGGUGCUGUUACUGGAUCUGCUCUUCUGGCUUUAAAUUAAUUUGGAUUUCACAUUAGCCUUAGCCUGGGAACGAACUGAGAUAAAGCAAUAAUAAACUCAGGCCUCCACAGCACUUCAGUCAUUUCCAAAGUGCACCAGCAGCAUCCUGGGAGCUUGAGAACUCCACUUUUUCUUCUUUUAAUAAGAUUAACAUUUUUCCUUUUCCAGUGGGAAUGGGGGAGGGAGGGAACAGUGUUUUCCAGAUAAUUUCCUUUCCUUUUCUUCAUCAUUGCUUUGUGAUGGAUUUGUGCAAAUUGACCUUUCUGCUUCCUUUACUGCCUCUGCUGGCACCACCACCAGCAGUGCCAGCCUGGCUACGACCAGUAACCACUAGCCUUGUUUGGACCCCCAGGCCUCUGUUUUAUCGCAUUUUACUUUAUGGGAGAAUGUAUAUGACCCUGGUGGAAAUUUUUAAUUUACGUUGAUGCCUUAAACGUUGAUUGUCAGAUUAAACUAAGCUUUGUGACACA